AUGCGGCACCUGACCGCUCUGAGGUCCUCCAAGGGAGAGCUGCUGCUACCAGUCAGUCUGCUUCAAAGAAGCGGUGGAAGUAGCAAACAUUUGUACCAUACAGUGAGGCCCCCAUGGUCAACCUCCCAUAUUCCACAUCGUCACCUCAUCACACAUCGCAAAUCCUACAACAGCAAAACCACAGUCACUACAGCUGGCAUCUUCCCAACUCAGCUUUACAAAGCGAUCAACAAAAUACCUUCGAACAUGCCGUCACCUGCCGUCCCCUACGCUGCAAGCUGGUUGUAUUGCUCCGGCCGCUUCACUCUCAAAUCCCUCGCUAUGAUGUUGAUCAUCUACAUCCCCGUCGUGAUUGCCAUCAAUCAUAUGUUUCUCGGGACACCAACCCAGUGA